AUGAUCGACAAUGGUUCGGCUCUCAAUGUAUGCCCUGUUUCCACCCUGAAGCAGAUGAAUGUGGAUCUGAAUCGUAUUCGUCCAAGCAAGACAGCGGUUCGAGCCUUCGAUGGCUCGCGGAGAGAGGUGAACGGAGAGAUCGACCUUCUGAUCGAGGUAGGUCCAUGUUCAUUCAAUGUCACUUUUCAGGUGCUCGACAUCCCCAAUGCCUUCAGCUUGCUGCUCGGGAGGCCAUGGAUCCAUUUUGCGGGCGCAGUCCCCUCCACCUUGCACCAAAAGCUUAAGUUCAUCGUGGAAGAGCGACUCAUCACGAUCAAAGGUGAGGAGGACUAUGCGAUUUAUAAGGAGACGGCUGUCCCCUACAUCAAACUCCUCGAAGAGCCCCAACCCAUAUACUUCGGGGAAGGGCUCGACGAGGACAGUCGAGUGCCUGAGAUAGAGGAGAGUUUGCACCGCCUCGAGAACCGUCAACUCACCUCAGUUGAGCCAACAGAAGAAAUCAACAUAGGCACUGAAGAGGAGCCUCGCACGCUAAAGAUCGGGACGGGCCUCGAUCCAACACAACGAGCUCGGAUGAUCGAUUUCCUGAAAGACUACCAAGAGGUCUUUGCCUGGUCCUACGCCGACAUGCCGGGCUUAGAUCCGUCGAUAGUCAAGCACUCUCUCCCACUCGAUACAGAGAAUUUCCCGCCCAAACGGCAACACCUACGGCGGCAGCGAGCCGGCCUUCUCCUCCGCAUCAAGGAGGAGGUCGUCAAGCAGAUAAAUGCGGGAUUCCUAGAAGUCUGCAAUUACUCUGAAUGGGUGGCAAACAUCGUGCCCGUGGAGAAGAAGGACGGAAGGGUCAGGGUUUGCGUCGACUACCGGGACCUCAACAAGGCUAGUCCUAAAGACAACUUCCCUCUGCCUCACAUCGACGUCUUGGUCGACAACACUGCGCGCCACAAUCAGUUCUCCUUCAUGGAUGGCUUUUCGGGGUAUAACCAAAUCCGGAUGGCCGAAGACGACAAGAUCAAAACGACUUUCAUCACGAUGUGGGGCACAUUUUGCUACAAGGUCAUGCCCUUCGGGCUCAAAAAUGCCGGGGCAACUUACCAACGGGCAAUGGUUACGCUCUUCCACGACAUGAUGCAUAAGGAGAUCGAGGUCUACGUCGACGACAUGAUCGCAAAGUCCAAGGAGGGAGAGGAUCACCUCGUCAAUCUGAGGCGUCUCUUCGAACGUCUCAAGAAGUACAAGCUUAGGCUCAACCCGGCCAAGUGCACAUUCGGCGCGAAAUCCGGAAAACUGCUAGGAUUUGUGGUCAGCGAACGAGGCAUCGAGGUUGAUCCUGACAAGGUGAAAGCGAUUAGGGAGUUACCUCCGCCAUCAACAGCGCGCGAGGUACGGAGCUUCUUAGGACGACUGAACUACAUCGCGCGUUUCAUCGCGAACUUAUCAGAUAAGUGUCAACCCCUCUUCCGGCUGCUUCGUAAAAAUGCAGCAAUUGAAUGGGACGACGACUGUCAGAAGGCCUUUGACGAUAUUAAGACAUACUUAGUUCAGUCGCCGGUGUUAGUCCCGCCCAUACCAGGUCGACCUCUCAUUCUUUACCUGACAGUGCGCCGGCAAUCAUUGGGGUGCAUGUUGGGGCAAGAAGAUGAGUCCACACGCGCAGAACAUGCCAUCUACUAUCUGAGCAAGAAGUUUACUGAAGGGGAAUCCAAUUACCCGGAGAUCGAGAAGAUGUGCUGCGCACUGGUGUGGAUCAUGCAGAGACUUCGACAGUACACUCUCUAUCACACUAUCCGCUUGCUGUCAAAAGCGGAUCCCCUGAAAUAUCUACUUGGUAGCCCAUCCUCCAUGAGGAACAUUGCAAAGUGGCGCUGUCAACUGACGGAGUACGACAUCGAGUAUGUGCCCCGCACAUCAGUCAAGGGGCAAGCAAUUGCAGACCAUUUGGCAGAAUUUCCCAUCGAGGAUGACACGCCGAUCAACUCCGACUUUCCAGACGAAGGGAUCCUCCGAGUAGAUGAGGAGGAGGAUGGGACCGUGUGGAAGAUGUAUUUCGAUGGCGCGGUGAAUUCCACCGGUUCUGGUAUCGGCGCAGUGCUGAUAUCCCCGGACGGACGUUAUUACCCGAUUGCAGCAAAAGUUAAUUUUCUCUGCACCAAUAAUGUGGCCGAAUACGAGGCAUGCAUCCUUGGCUUGCAAGCAGCAAUUGACUUCAAGGUGAAGGAGCUAGAAGUGUUCGGAGAUUCAAUGCUCACAAUCUUCCAGACGUUAGGGCAAUGGAAGACGAAAGACGCAAAGUUAGUACCAUACCACGAGUAUCUCGAGGAGUUAGCGGAGAACUUCAAGAAAAUCUCGUUCACCUACACGCCACGUAUCAAGAAUCAGUUUGCAGAUGCACUCGCGACAUUGGCAUCAAUGGUGAGCAUUACAAAAGAAAACCUCAUCGAGCCACUUGAGAUCGAGAUUGCCAAAGGCCCGGCUUACUGCGACACAAUCGAGACGCGAUUUGCCAACCGUCGGGACCGGAAAACACUUAGGCGACUCGCAACGCAUUACUUCCUGAGCGGAGAGACUCUCUACCGCCGUUCCUUCGACGCCACACUACUCCGGUGUGUUGACGAAAACGAGGCACAACGCCUCAUGGGAGAGAUACAUGAAGGGAGCUGUGGACCCCACAUGAGCGGUCUCAUGCUCACCAAGAAACUCAUGCGCCUAGGUUACUUUUGGUCCACCAUGGAGGCCGACUGCGCCAAACACGUCAGACACUGCCACUUGUGCCAGGCCUAUGCCGAUCAGAUCAAAGCACCCCCCAAUGAGCUACGCCCGAUGGCGGCCCCGUGGCCCUUUUCAAUGUGGGGCAUCGAUGUGAUCGGCCCUAUCAAUCCCAAAGCAUCCAAUGGACACAUGUUCAUUUUGGUGGCAAUUGACUACUUCACCAAAUGGAUCGAGGCCAUAACGCUCGCUUCGGUCACCGCAAAUGCCGUGGCACGUUUCCUUAAGCGCGACAUCAUCGCCCGAUAUGGAGUCCCCGAGACAAUCAUCACCGACAAUGCCAAGAACCUGAACAACAGGAUCAUCGAUGACCUCUGUGAGCGAUUCAAAAUACACCAUCGCAACUCUACGCCAUACCGACCCCAAAUGAAGGGUGCGGUGGAAGCUGCGAACAAAAACAUCAAGAGGAUCAUCGAGAAAAUGACGGUGACCUACAAGGAUUGGCACGAGAUGCUCCCUUUUGCGCUCUUGGCAUAUCGAACGUCCAUCCGCACUUCAACCGGGGCAACUCCGUAUUCCCUAGUCUACGGCAUGGAAGCAGUCCUCCCAAUCGAAGUGGAGAUUCCUUCCAUGAGGAUCCUCGCCGAGUCCAAGCUCGAAGAAGCAGAAUGGGCGAAGCAGCGCUACGAGCAGCUCAAUCUCAUUGAUGAGAAACGGCUAACAGCGCUCUGCCACGGUCAAUGCUACCAACAAAGAAUGGCUCGAGCGUUCAAUGCAAGGGUUCACCACCGCGAAUUCCGCCCCGGUGAUCUCGUCCUACGAAAGGUCUUGCACAUCACACCUGACUCUCGGGGCAAGUUUGCAUACAAGUAUGAUGGACCUUUCGUCGUCAGGGAAGUCUUCUCCGGAGGGGCAAUUAUCUUAAGCGAUAUGGACGGGACCGAAAACGCGCUCCCGGUCAAUGCCGAUGCCCUUAAGAAGUACUACCCUUAA